UUCGACGGCCUGUUUGUGAUUGGCUAAUCUGCCAUUGCGUUCUUAGCGAAUAAGAGAGUGGCCGUUUUGUCUAUAUCACGGAGAGCUCGCGGUGUAACGUUUAUUUCGGAGUUGUUAGAACAGAUUUGAGCAUCAAGAUGAGUGGCAGAGGAAAAACCGGCGGAAAAGCUAGAGCUAAGGCCAAGACUCGUUCAUCCAGGGCUGGACUUCAGUUCCCCGUGGGACGUGUGCACAGGCUUCUGCGUAAAGGCAACUAUGCCGAGCGCGUCGGUGCCGGCGCUCCGGUCUAUCUGGCCGCAGUGUUGGAGUAUCUGACCGCUGAGAUCCUGGAGUUGGCCGGUAACGCCGCCCGUGAUAACAAGAAGACCCGUAUCAUUCCCCGCCACUUGCAGCUCGCCGUGCGUAACGACGAGGAGCUGAACAAACUGCUCGGCGGAGUGACCAUCGCUCAGGGUGGUGUGCUACCGAACAUUCAGGCUGUGCUUCUGCCUAAAAAGACCGAGAAGGCCGUCAAGACUAAGUAAACUCGUCCACUGCUGCUUUGUCAGUACCCAAAGGCUCUUUUAAGAGCCACCAUCUUUGCUUCAAAAGUGCAAUUUUACACCCGUUUUUCUACUGAAAGUGUGCACUAGAAAGUCAGCACGUUUGAAAUGAAAACACAAGCGUUAUACUUUGCUAAUAAUUAUGCGAUUAACGUUAAGUAGUAGUAGUAAUAAUAGUGGUAGUUAGCAUGUUGUCUAAAUGAAAUCUAAGGGGUGAAAGUGCACUUUUAAGACAGCAUAUUUAUAAAUUAAAAAAAGGACUUGAUAAUUUUCUAGUCAUGAUUUGAUACCAUAUUUAAGUAAUGACUAUAAGAACAGUAGCAGUUAGCGUGCUGGUUAAAUGAAGUCUGAGGAGUGAAAAUGGU